AUGAAAGUUUUGGUGGCUGUCAAAAGAGUUGUGGAUUCAGGAAUUAAAGUUAGAGUCAAACCAGAUGGCAUAGAUCUUCAGGGAGUUAAGAUGACAAUCAAUCCCUUCUGUGAAAUAGCAGUGGAGGAGGCAGUCAGAUUGAAAGAAAAAAAGUUGAUCGCUGAAAUUGUUGCAGUCACCAUAGGACCAAAACAAGGAGCAGAAAGUUUAAGACAUGCUCUUGCUUUGGGGGCUGAUAAAGCAAUUCAUGUCACAACUGAAGCGAGAAUUGAUUAAGCUGUGUAGCCAUUAGAUGUUGCCAAUAUCUUAGCCAAAUUGGUCGAGAGAGACAAGUAAAUCACUUUGAAAUCAUAGUUAUAAUCUCGUCUUAAUGGGCAAGUAAUCAAUUGAUGACGAUUUUAAUUAAACAGGAUAAAUGUUGGCUGGAUUAUUGGAUUGGCCUUAAGCGACAUUUGCAUCCAAUAUAUAAAUUACAGACGGAGUAGCUCAGGUUAUCAGAGAAAUCGAUGGAGGACUUUAGACUGUAAAAUUCAAAUUGCCUGGAGUAAUCACUUGUGAUUUAAGACUCAAUCAACCAAGAUUUGCUAGUGUUCCAAAUAUUAUGAAAGUAAAGAUGUAUCUGAAUGUAGGCAAAAUCUAAGCCAUUAGAAACUAUUCCACUUGAUAAAUUAGGCAAAUUACAUAAUUCCAUUUAAAUCACUAAAACUGAGGCUCCUGCAAUUAGAAAAGGAGGAGCUAUUGUAGAAAAUGUAGAUGUGCUCUUACAGAAAUUAAGAAAUGAAGCCAAGUUGUUUUGAUAUUGUAUAAAUAGAAAAUAUUGCAUAACAAAAUAUGAG